AAAGUGGAGAGGAUCUGAACAACCCUAAGGGCACGGGCAUGGAACUCGUUUUACGACGGAGGAAUCGGAUUCGAGGGACUGGCAGAACCGAUCCCUGUCGGGGAGAUAUCCGACGAUUCGAUUGUGGUCAUGGAGUGAGGAAUUCCGAGGAUUGGUCGACUGCAGCGUUCUCUUCUGGCGGAAAAUGAAGUCAUUGGCGUCGCCCUCAGCCUCGACCUCGCCUGUUGCAGCAAAUCGCCAAAAGCAGAUGCUCUUCGAUCGACGUUAUGGAUGGGUCUACGAGCAGUGGACGGAUCCCAUCGAAGUCGCGAAUAUGGGAGGUAGAGGAAUGUUCUCUCUGGUUCCUCUCACAGCCUCUACUUUGGACGGAACCAUAUAUAUGGCAAAUCGCGCUGCCGAUGGCAUAGUGCAGGCUGUUCAAAAUCGUGAGGUAAUUCUGCAGCAGCUUCAGUCCAAGGUCAAAGAAUGUGGAGAAUUCACAGGCCGUCAAAUGAAAGGACUUGGAGAAAAAACCCGCCACCAAUGGAAGGCUCUUGGAGAGAAAGCAAGCGGUAGCAAGAGCUCUCGAUAGUUCUGAGCUGCUCUAAGUACAGAGUUGCCCAACGGAUACAUGCUUUGUCACAUCCCGGACCAUAUGCUGAAUCACAGCAGUCUUGUGCAUUGCGGAGAAGUGAGUAUGGAGAACGUUGACGAAGGCUCAAAUUUGAGUAAGUUGUACGCAAUGGCGACAUAUUCUUAGAGAGUCACAUGAUCUGUUUCUACAUGAUCAUCAGACACUGGCAGCUGUCGCCUAGGGAUCAGUCUUAUAGUCAACUUACUCAUUAAAUACACUCUCCAUACUUUUCUGUAAUGGCGUCACCAGCUAAAAGUUUUUAGUUCGUGAGGAGCGCAGUCUCUCCCACACAUUUCUGGUGAUUACUGGGUUAGAAAUCGACAAGGGCAAGCAUGUGCUGUGCAGAAAGGGAUUCUCUUUGGAUCACAUCAAGAGAGCCGUGUAUUCAUACUGUGUAAUGCAAAACCCAUUUUCAACGACAC